AUGCCGCUGGACUUGGACGAGGUGCUAGACUUUGCGAUUGCGCUUUCGCAGCGUGCCGGCCAGGCGAUUGUUGAAGGUUCUGAGACGCGCUUUAAGAAUGCGACCGGAUUCGACGAGAAGAAGAACACGGCGGAUCUCGUGACCGAGACCGACCAGAACACGGAGAAGCUCGUGUGCGAGUCGAUCAAGGCGCGCUUCCCCGACCACCAGUUUAUCGGCGAAGAGAGCUGGGCGGCCGGCGAGCAGGCCGAGGUCACCGAUGCGCCGACGUGGAUCAUCGACCCGAUCGACGGGACGACCAACUUUGUCAAGGGCUUCCCGUUCGUGUGCAUCUCUAUCGGAUUCGUCUACCAGUCCGAGCCGGUGGUCGGUGUGAUCUUUGCGCCGUUCAUGGGCCAUCUGUACGCUGCACGCAAAGGCAGCGGCGCGUUUAUGACGUCGCCGCUGCACCCCGAGCGCCGCUCGCUCCCCCUCGCGCAGCCCCAGCCGCUGCCGUCGCUGAAGCAGGCGCUCCUUGCGUUUGAGUGGGGCUCGGACCGCUCGAAGGAGGUGAUGGACAUGAAGUCGCGCACCUUCCAGCGCCUCACCGGCGACGCAGCCGGCGGCGUGCAAGGCGGCGAGAUGGCGCUCGGCGUGCGCUCCGUCGGCUCGGCGGCGCUCAACUUUGCGCACGUCGCGUCCGGCUGCCUCGACCUCUACUGGGAGAUUGGGUGCUGGGCGUGGGAUGUGUGUGCGGGCAUGGUGAUUGCGCGCGAAGCUGGCUGUGCAGUGGUCGGUUCCAAGGACGCUGCCGCCGCCGCCGCCGCCCAGGGCGCGUGGCCCCCGGCGGUCACGCCCAAGGUCCUCACCGGUCGCAAGUACCUCGUCGUGCGUGCGAUCGGCGAUGUGCCGAGCGAGUCGGGCGCCGACGCGCAGAAGCGCACCAUCGGCGCAUUCUACGGCGCGGUGGAAGAGUGGGACCCCAAGUAG